ACGAAUAUUUCCCCAUUAAAAAUCAACUGUUCUGCGGGCGUGUUUGGCUCAACAGUUUCUUCUAAACUUUCUACCUCCCGGGAAUUUUUCUCUUCCAAAUGGAGUACUUUAGCGCCCACAAGAAACUCUUGAGCAGUGUGAUCUUUGUUCUUGCAAGCGUGAUGAUCCUGGGACUUUACUUUGUCAAGCCAGGAGCCUUUUAUAAUCUCGAUUUUUUGCCGGAUCACACCACCACUUCUUCCAUUCCAACGAGCUCUUCUUCUUCUUCUUCUUCUUUCCCGUCCAAAGUUUUGCUCCAGCGCUUAUCUGAGAACGGCACACGGGAAUGCCACAACGUGAGUACCGCAGCUGCGAUCCUGUUUGGGCUUCCCAGAGCAGAGAAUGAAGGCGAGGUUACCUUGUCCACCGGUGUUCUUCACAAGCUCUGGAUCGUCUCGUAUGCUGGCGAUGGAAGUAGGCGGUGCUUUGGAGGAGAUUUCUUCGAGACAGAUCUCUCAGGUCCCAACUGGAAGUCACGACCACCAGUAACAGAUGUGGGAGAUGGCUCCUACCUUGUGGAGCUCAAAGUGGACGACGAAUUCGCAGGACCUUACACCUUCAAAGCCAUCCUCCUGUUUCCAAACUUUCAUGGCUUGGAUCAGCAGCCAGACAAAUGGGCUCUCAAGAAACAGAUGUUCUUACUGAAAAUUCGCUUUGCAUCCAGAAGCAGCAUCUUCAAGUCCCGACCACUCCCGAUCUGCAGCAGUAGCGACUUUAGAUCGAACACAAGAUGGUCUGGCAAAUGGACGAGAACGAAAUUUAACGAGUCAUGCAAACUAGACAAGGAAGGACGUUACCGCUGCUUGGAUGGAAACGAGAAGUGCGACGAGAGCCAGUGUAGCGGAGCUAUCGCGAGCUUGGAGAGCAACGGUUGGGUGUACUCGGCACACUGUAAGUUCCAGAUAUGGAGCUCGAGCGAAGCAUGGAAGUGCCUGGACGGGAAGAAGAUCUUCUUCUGGGGCGACUCAAACCACCAGGACACCAUCCGGAACCUCAUGAACUUCGUGUUGGGAUUCCACCACAACUCCAUGCCACGGACAUUCAUCGCCAACCUCACCAAUCCGUCGCACCCCUCGCAAAACUUCACCGUGGUGGAGAUUUUCAACGGCCACACCAAUCCAAACCUCAACUUCCUGGGCCUCGCAACACUCGACGAGCCUCUCUACCGCGCAUACGUGACGCAAGAAUUCCUCCGCGGCUCCCCACCCGACGCGCUGAUCCUCAACUCCGGGAUGCACGACGGCGUCCGAUGCAGCAACGCCAGCCAGUUCCUGGAAUCCGCCACGGCCGCCGCGCAGUUCUGGAAAACCCUAGCCACGGGGGAUAAGAUCAAAGCGAGGACGCCGCGCGUGAUAUUUCGCUCGACGAUCACUCCGGCGGGCGAGUCGCGCUCCAUGCCCUCGAAUCCACAGAAGAUGGAAGCAUUCAACCAGGUCCUCGGGGACGAGAUCCGGAGAGUGCUUGGCGAGGGCGUGCUGCUCGUCGAUGCCUACGACAUGACCUUCCCCUGGCACUACGAUCACAGAUACAGUGAUGGCGGUCACUAUGGGAGGCCGCCUUCCCUGACGCCCUGGUAUGGCGGCAUCGGCCACUACUACUUCGCUGACCUAAUGCUCGUCCACGCCCUCCUCACGGCCAUUUGCUCGUAGCAAGAAAAAGCUUUCCCGCGAAAAUAAUAUGGGAAUCUUGUCGUGCUUGAAAUUUUAACGCGGGAGGAUAUUCGGCAUCUUGCGCUUUGAAU